AAUGUCCCCAGUCAAAGUCGGCAGAUUCCCACUCCCACGGUAAACAGUGUGAGCAGGCCACUGCUUCCCCCUCCUGAGGCGGCGGACGGUUUGCCAAAAUUUCUUCGAGGCCGACCGAUAAUCCUUCUCCAUGGCCUCACUGAACUCCUCCCAUACCCGAGUUGUUGCCUCCGCAACCACCUGGGCUGAAGCUCACUUGGCCCUCCGGUACGUAUUAGCUGCCUCCAGAGUCCCCCGAGCCAACCAGGCUUGAUAGGACUUCUUCUUCAGCUGGAUGGCAUCCCUUACAUCCGGGGUACACCACCGGGUUCGCCAUAACAGGCACCGGAGACCUUAUGGCCACAGCUCCGAGCAGCCACGUCGACAAUGGAAGUGGAGAACAUGGUCCACUCGGACUUAAUGUCUCCAACCUCCCUCAGGAUCUGGUUGAAGCUAAAUUAGCAAAAACUAAUCUUUACCCCUAAGUACUUUAUGCAGUAUAGUUUCUGUAAUAUGUUGUUUAGAAUAUCUUGCCUGGAUGAAGAUGCUCCACUAGCUAAACUUUAAAGAGCUGAUUGUGAAUCUGUACAUAUUACACAUAGUUCAGGCUGCUUUUCCUCUGCACAGUGUAAAUCUAGAGAUAUUGCAGUUCUCUUGUGGACACAUUUAUAUGGUCUGUUGCUCUUUUUCCUAUUUCUAUAUUGUACUGAUGGAUAUUCUGCUGAAGCUCUUCUACCCGUUUUAAUAUCCUCUGAUCCAUCUGUGAAUAUCUGAGUUAUGUUGCUGUAUGUUUGACUUAAAUCCUGUAUAGUGGUUAUUUUUAGUGGCAGGUUGUUUUCCAUCUUGAUUUCCUCCUUAUGAAUAAACAGAUCGAUUUCUGGCAUUCCUGCUCAUCUUCCUAAUCAUCCUCCAUAACUCAUUAAUUUCAAUAUCUUCACCAUUUCUGUCACAGAAUUCCCUCCGAUAUUUUUCUUUGCUGUACUGAUGACCUGCCUCACUGAUGCUUGAGCUCUUUUAUAUGUAACCGGGUGGUAAAUUACCUUAAAAUUUGUUUCUUUCCUUGCAUGCUAAAUUUAGCUAUUUUAUUAUUCUCAUUAUUUUCAGUGUAUUAUGUUAAGAAAAACAGUAGUUACAUGUAUGUUCCUGGAGUGGUCAGUGGGUGGCACUGUGUGUGUCGCUUAUGAGACAGUGCGUAUGCGCUCUCACUCUGAAAUAUCCCGUUGAGAUUGCGAUCAGUGCAAGCCAUGCGUAUUCUCUGGAAAUUGUGGUCAUCCAUGGUGAACAACAUAUAUUGGAGAUUUUAUCCUGUGUAAAGUGUAUCGGGUUUUAUGUUGGAGCUCAUUGUGAUGUGAGUGUUAUUUUCUCUUAUUUCACUCAAAUGGUGUAAGUGGGUAAUAUAAAAAUGUACUCAUGUCAUUUUGUUCUUUUUGUACAGUAUUCCCACUGCCGUAUUGUGUUGUAACAUUUUGGUAUUGUUGCAUUACUUGAAAUUGUUUUAUUUUCUAUUUGUCUUUGCACUGAGGUUUUAGUAAUCUUCCUAUUCUUUUGCAUUUGAAUAUAACAUUGUAGAGCUACAGAGGUUUAAAUUUGUGUUUUCAGCUUGGUGAAAGCGCUCAUUUUGUUUAUAUAAAUUUUGUUAAGCUUUUACAGAUAUUUUUGUUAAAUUUCUUCUUAAUUAAGUUUCUAGGUCGCUUUUGAUAGUGACUCAUUUUCCAGAAUACAGGAAAUGAAUAAACAGUAAAGUAUAACCCCUCAAUGUGUUCCUGGUGGUGAAUUUAAAUCCCCGGCCACGUUUUUGGUACCAGGAGUGGGGUUGUUUAUUCAAUCUGACGAGUUGUUUUAGAAUGAUUUAGUUAGACAGUACGGCAGUGGUGAAUAUUUUACAGAGCCGGAGGACUUCCAGAGUGCGGAGGAUCACGAAUGAGGUGGUCAGCGUGCGACCGAUUGGGUUUCUAGUGUGCCAGGCGUGACGGCUGCUAAGAAGAUCGGUCCAGACUGAUGCGUUUCCUGCUGCCAACGCAUGGUCUUCCAGGAUCUCAUGGCUGCAUCUCAGGAACUGUGCAUUAGUCUGAGGGUGUGUCUACGGUACUAAAAAAAAAAAAAAAAAAAAAAAAGGCGUUACGAGUUUCAUACCAAAGACAUUAGUCUUCAACUGAGUUGAGUUAAUUCUGAGUUAAUGCUUUUUGACCUACUUCUGUAGAAAAUGUCUGACUCUGACGAACGGCCUGAAGAGAGCGUACAAGUCCCUGAUGUUGGAGUUGUGGGGAAUGAUGUCAUAGAGCAAAUAAAGGGUCAAAUUCAAGAUUUAAAUGAUUGGAGGAAUGACACUCUGGCCAAUAGGGCUGCUGGUGGGGGUAAUACAAUCCGCUCUUACCUUUAUGUUCCCCGUGAACGCCAGGUUCAACCUUUUAGCGGGGAGUAUAACAAAGAUGGAAGGUCUGUAGAGGAGUUUAUUGAGGAGGUGGAAAGGGUUCUACGGGCCAGAGACCAAACACAAGAAGAACAGCUGGACUUUAUCAUCUCACUUUUGCGGGGGCCUGCACUGGAAGAAGUGCGUUUAUGUGUGGGAAAUCAGUCCAGACAGGCCAGUGAUUUGUUUACUUUCUUGCGGGACGCGUUCGGGGAACGGCGUAGUGGGACUCAGUUGUUGCAAAUGUUUUACAAUCGCAAACAAUUAGAGGGGGAAGAUCUCCGAAACUACUCUCAUGCUCUCUCUCGCCUGUUAAGUUCCAUUGUGAAACAGUCCCCAGAUGGGUUGGCUAACGAGCAGGGGAUUUUGCGUGAUCAGUUUGUGGAGGGUGUAAGAGAUGCCGCAUUGAGGCGAGAGCUGCGUAAAAUAACCAGGGAAAAGCCCUAUUUGACCCUGCUUGAGAUUCGUAAUGAGGCUAUUCUUUGGUCCAUGGAAGAGAGCAGGCCAACCAGAGUAGCAAAUAGUCGACCGGUCCAUUCAGAAGUGUUAGGGGAACCUGAAGGUACUUUUAUCAGGUCUGAGAAUCAAAACUCUUCUGUGUUGAAUGAUAUUUUGCAGGUAGGACAAGCGAAUAAGUGAGCAAGAGCAGACUAUUUCAGAGCUCACUAAGGUGGUCAAAGAAUUGACUGUGCAGCGGUCAGUGUCGGGUCUGCAGAAUGUCGCGCCUUUAGCAAAUUCUCCGCCCAGGUUUACAGAAAAGGGAGAACCUAUCUGUUUCAGGUGCAGUGGGGUUGGGCAUAUUGCUAGACGCUGCAAUGUGAGACGGGGUGGGAGACCUAAAAGUGCUACCCAGACCACUGAAGUUCAAGAAAAACCAGGUCCUUCUGUUGCGAUGAGUCAGGCUGCACAAGGGGAAGUUUCUGGUUUACCGCCUGAGGGAACUAGUCGAGACCGUUUCUUGGAACGUGCAGUUGGAACUUGCCCCAUGGUAGAACUGAAAAUCAAGUCUGUUCCAGUGUCAUGUUUGCUUGACACUGGUAGUCAGGUCAGUACUAUUACUGAAGAAUUUUCCGAGAGCACCUGUUUGGGGAUGAGAGUGAUGUGUUCAAUUCAAUUCAAUUCAAGUUUAUUUGUAUAGCGCUUUUUACAAUAGACAUUGUCUCAAAGCAGCUUUACAGAACAUAAACACAGAG